AUGUACAGCCCAACACCGCCCCCUCCAGUGCCGCCACCCAAACCUAGCAGUCACGAUUCAAGCCGUUUGGGGACGCCAGCGGGUAAAGGUGUCGCUUUCGAUUCAUCAGGCUUGAUCCCAGCACAGGCAAGACAGAGUCAACAACCGCAGGAGAUCCCAGACCCAGGCGAGCAAUGGCUCCCCAAAUUUCUUGAGGACAAGUCGAAACAAGACCUCGCCGAUCUCCUAAGCAACCCCUCCCUCCUCAACGCCGUCACCCACUCCCUAUCCACCAUCCACCCCUCUCUCUCAGCAACCCACGAAGCCCUCCUCGCCUCCCUAAACGAAAAUAUCAACCUUGCACACCACCUCGUGGAGCUCGAACAGCACUUCGCGCACCAACGCUCCCAGACCCAAGCGCAGCUCCUCUCAACGCACGCGCUCGAGCGGCAGUGGCGCCAGAAACAAUCCGAAAUGGACCAUGCGCUAGCCCCCUUUGCGCCGGCUUCGCUGUACCAGCGGCUGACGCAAGGGUUGCAGGAGCAGGAGAUGGUGUGCGCGGCUAUGGAGGAGAGCUUUUUGGAGGGGGACGGGAGUGGGGAGCCCGCGACGGAACGGGAGGCUGGGGAUUGGGUCAGACGGUAUCGGGAGGCGAGGAAGGUGUGUUAUUUAAGGCAGGAGAGGAAGGAGAGGUGGAAUGAGAGGAGGGUUGGGGGGUGGCGGUGA